CUUCGCGAGCCAGCCGCCGAGUUCUUCGGGACUAUGAUGCUCAUUGUCUUUGGUGUUGGAGGCGUCUGCCAAGUUGUGCUCUCCGCGAGCACCAAUGAGUACCUCUCCAUCAACAUUGGCUGGGCAGUCGGUGUCGCAAUGGGUGUCUGGGUUGCGGGCGGCAUCUCGGGAGGGCACAUUAACCCUGCGGUCACGAUCACGUUGGCGACGCUCCGCGGAUUCCCGUGGAGGAAGGUACCGUACUACUGUUUCGCCCAGCUCAUGGGCGCGCUGUGCGGCGCCGGUAUAAUUUAUGCAAACUACUACGAGGCGAUCAGCGCGUACGAGGGCGGGACGAAUAUUCGGACAGUCAGCAAGACCGGCUCAUUGUUCUGCACCUACGCCGCAGACUACAUGACCAACGUCGGUGCCUUCUUCUCCGAAUUCAUGACCUCCGCCAUCAUGAUGAUGUGCAUCCUCUCCUUCAGCGACAAAAAGAACGGCCCGCCGCCGUCGGGUACCGCGCCCAUCUCGCUCUUCAUCCUCAUCCUCGGCGUCGGUCUCGCGCUCGGCAUCAACACCGGCUACGCAAUCAACCCCGCGCGCGACCUCGGCCCGCGCAUCAUGACCGCCAUGGUCGGCUACGGCAAGGGCGUGUUCACGUUCCGGAACCAGUACUGGCUCUGGUGCCCCGUCAUCGCGCCCAUCUGUGGCUGCCUCACGGGCGGAUUUGUAUAUGAUUUGCUGAUCUUCACGGGGUCGGAGAGCGUGGUCAAUACUCCGUGCGUGUUUUCUUCGCUUCAUAUAUUUGGUUCUUGGGAUUCUGGGAGCUGA